CUUUCGAAAUCAUUUUUAAUUCAACAUCCGUUCCGGCGACAUCGUAUUUUUUCCAUCAAUAAUUUUUACUGAUAGGAACUGAAAAAUUAUAUCAAAAAAACAAACCUUUUUUUUUUGGAAUUAAAGAAUUUUUAUAAAAUUCAGCAUCAAAUAAGAAAAACCAAUUCCAUUAUUGUUGGGCUUAGUAAGUAAAUCGAAAGUUAUCGGUACUAAAGAAGAAAAAGAAAAAUUAUCGAAAAUCACCUCGUCGACAACGUUGUUUAUUGUUACUCUUUUUUGUAUCGCGCUUCGUUCGGUCUAGUAUCAGACGGCAAUUUCCACCAAAGCGAAAUAAAUAAAGGAAGGUAAAUUGAAAUUCGACUGAAUUUCGGACAGAAAUUGGAUUAAAUGGCUAACUCUACGCUGAUGCUGGGUCCACCAGAACGUCAUUAUGGCUAUAUUUGCAUAAGCUGUAAUGCCGCAGAUUUUCCAGGACGUCGUUAUUCCUGUUGGAUUUGUCUGGACUAUCACCUCUGUGGCCCAUGCUAUGAUGCUAACUAUACGCCUCAUUCGCCGCAUCAUAGAUACUAUCAUCCGUUGGAUGUUCAUUUCACUUUGGGCGAGUUUCAGCUUUAUUUUGGAGGUGAACCAUAUUUGCCACAAAAUAUACCUCAGAGCUACAAAUGUGCCAUUUGUUAUGAACAUGGUUAUGCUAACGUGGACGAGUUAUACUUUCAUUUGAAUACUUUCCAUUACGAGCAUGUGGACUAUGAGGAUUAUUCUGGCAUUCUAAUCCGACGCCGUGCAGUUGAGGCAUCUGUGAGUGAUAUGUUGAUCCCACCAAGAGGAGGAGGAGGAGGUGGAGGUGGAGGAGAAGCAGAAGUGGAAAAUGCUUUUCAAUUUUCUAUAGUUGAUGUAACAGAGCAGCCGCAGAUGAUACAGGAGGUUCCACCAGAGGUGCCUCCCUUGAUGGUUGGUACAUCCAGUUCUGAGGAUUCAGCACGAAGUCAGCCAAGUGAUUUAUACACCAGCGACAGAGAUGUUCCACUAUUUUAUCUUGAAAUCGUACCGAUCGCUUUAGAUACUGAACAUCAGUAUAAACACCUGGGCAAACAGGCUGUCAAAUUGAUUGAAGAAUUGGACUUGUUUCGUCCCGGAGAACCGGAAUACAUAAAACGUUCAUUGCACAUCCUGAUGAAGGCACGCGGACUGCGUCGUCAAUUGCAAAAAUUACCCUUGGAUCGUCAGUCGACUAUUGGAAAUCAGGCAGCUAGUACUGAAUCAUUUCUAAGUAUUAUUGAGCACGAGGUAACCGAAAAUUUUGCACGUCAGCGUCAAUUUCAAAAUCGACAGCAAAAUCAGGAAUCUACUCCGAAUCGACGUCCAGCAGCUCCGUCGGCUGCUGCCCUUUGUCGUCGCGGUGGCCUAGCGCCAGGAUCAUUGGCUGCAUCGGCAGCCACAACACUGGCCGUUGCUGCGGCAAGUGAGGCUGCCACAAAUGAUAUUAAUAUUGGCGGACCGAUACGUCGUAAUUUAAAUUCAUUGUUGCAUUUACCACCCGUGGAACCAUUCCACCAUCCAGCUGGUGUCAGACAUCUGCGACGUUCUAAUGCUGCUGCUGCUUUUAGAGGUCUACCACCACCACCACCACCGAUUUCUAUGCCCCGCAGAAAUCGUGAUAAUACUAACAAUAGAUUGAUGGUCACUUUGGAUCAGUUGUUUCCAACUGCUGGCUUAAGACCGUCUACUGUAGCCCUUAUUAACAAUAUGCCGCCGUUGAGGAAUAUAAGACAAGUGGCUCCGAGACCAAAACCAGAACCUCGUAAACCACCCCCUCGCUUUAUGAAUUUAGUCAAUGAGAUUGUCGGCAAAAGACAAACUCGUACAUCUACAAACACGAAGUCUAAAGAUAAACCACUGGAACCAAUUGAAGAUGAUCAUUUGCCAUCCAAAAAUCAAUAUAGUUUUCUAUGUGCAAAACUAAAACCAGAAAAUCGCAAUCCAUCGGGGUUGAUGAAGCUAUCCAAUCAGGGAAAUUUUAUUGAAGCCAUUCUAUGCUCCAUGUUGGCAGAUGCAAAACUCUCUCAGUUGUCUCAUGGCAUAAAACCAAUCGAUAACAAUUUGACGAAUAUUUCCACUUCAGAUAAAAGUCUAUUCAAGCCCGAAGUCAAUGCACAAUCAUUGACCAAUAGUCCUGACAUGAAAACGGAUUUCAUGUAUCGUUUCUACAGUGCUCUAAACAAUUACAAGAAAUGGCAAACUGACUUUCAGGAUCAACUUGCUACAGAGAAUAUUGAACCAGCUGCUGCAGCUUUAAACCCAGCUGGAGCUAUGGAGAAUGCUCCAGCACGUCCUCAUAAUGGAAUGAACAUUCAGUUGCCUCCGAUCAACAUUAAUCAAUCUGCACAUGAACUUGAUAUACCGCCAAUUUUUAUCUAUGAUUCAGGAGAUGAAGUGGAAAACGACAAUGAGGAUGGAGAUGAACUGCAGGACGACAGUAAUAUUGAUCAAAGUAAUGAAUCAUCGGUUUUGAAUAAUUCAUUAAACGAGUCCAUAGAUGUCGAAGAUGAGGAAGGGGCCGAAGGCGAAGAGGAGACUAACGAAAGUACAGGAGAAGCCGAAUGGGAGGAUUAUGAGGAUAAUGAAUCUGAAACUGAUCUAUCGGAUAAUGACAUGGUCGUGCCUGCUUUCAGUUUUUAAUAUCUUUGCAACACAAAAAAAAAAAAAAACCAUCUGUGUGAUAAUAAGAAUCUGACUUGUUUUAAAAAAUAUAAUCUAUUUAGGAGAAGUAGAAACAACUUUCCUAACGUUUAUUAUGCACAA